UUAACGGGGUGACGUCACGCACAUGCACACUUUAAUGGCAGUUUCACAAUGUUAAGCAGGGAAAAAAACAAAAAUGGGGGGUCACCUUAAGUUUCCAGUCCAGCGCAGACCUCGCGGUAGCGCGAUAGCGAGUGGUGCGAGUGCCGGAACGCAGGGACCUAGCUAGCCUUCUAUUUCCUGACAACGCUGUAUCUAGCUACAGCCGAGAAAAGUUCAGACGAAACCUAAGAGUGUAAGGAAGAGCUAGACUUUAAAGUCGGCGCCAAACCAUGGAAGUGGUCCUCACCAGACUGCGAGACUUCUCGCGCAAGACCGCCACCUUCGAAGACGUCAAGCCGACAGCGGUAAUGGGUGCCAGGGUGUCCCAGAGGGAGCAUGACUUGGCCAGGGGGGGUCAGUUUGCGGAUGAAGAUGGUGGCCCCUGCCAGCUAGAUAUUGAGAGUGCACUGGCCUGGCUGCGGAGAGAGCUGAUGGAGAUGCGUUCUCAGGAUCAGAUUCUGAUCCAGCAGCUGAUGGAGCUGCAUGCGGGGAUCCAGGAGCUGAAGCUGGAGUGUGCUGAAGCAGAGGAGGAGCAGGAGGAAGAGGAGGAGGAAGAGGAGCUGGAUGAAGAGGAGGAGGCCAAAAGCUGGGACUCCGGAAGCGAGUUUGCCAUGCCAUAUCACUGCUGGAAGGUGGGCUGCGGCGGUCCGUACCCCUCCGCCAGCGUGUCCCUCAGCUACCGGGAAUCCUUGCUGGGUCGGGCCAUCAGCCGGAGAAGCUCUGUGCCCUGAGCCCGGCAUUUCCCAGCUCUGACAUUGUGUCCAACAACCAGAACAUCAUAGAACAUCUAUGGAUGGUGUGAUUGAUUUAGAGCAGUGUUUCCCAAUCCGGUCCUCAGGGACCGUCGGCUUGUCCAUCUUUUUGCUCCCUCUGAUCUCCCUACCAGACAGUCCACAUUUUUGCAUCCUUACCAAUAGCUGGGAGGAAGCAAAAAUGUGAAAUGUCUGUGGGUCUCAGAAGACCGGAUUGGGAAACACUGAUUUAGCGGUAGUGGGAAAUUUGGUCGAACUGUAAAAAUCUCAGCAGCACUUUUAUUUAAAAUGUUAAUACAAUCUGCCUGUUGAGCAUAACGGUAAGAUGGGUUAUGAACAUGCUUUUCAUCGCCGUUCUCUCCCAAUUGCCGGGCAGCUUGCCGUCUGGAACAGAUCAUCUUUGGAGCCCCCAGAAUGGUUUUGAAUGGAACGUCCAUGCAGAUUUUCAAAUGUUAUUUCCUCUUUCAAAGUACCCGAAUUGUUUUUGAUUGAGUAUAAAAUUGCCUUUCUUGAAAUGACGCGAUUUUAAUGACUCCCGACUCCGUGCUAUUCGGAAAACGCUCACGGGCGGCUCUGAAGACUGGUAGCUAAUUUAAUUGUAGCAUAAUGGCAUGAGGUUUAACGACAAACAGAGAGCGUCUCUGUGUGAGACCGAUAGAUAGGGCAGUGUAGAGGGUGGCGGAGCACAAAAAAAAACGACGCAGUAUCAGAUGUUCCACACCAGGCCAUCACUUAGAAGAGUCCGGAAGACUGGAGCUGCGUUAUUGUGCCGCGGCGGCUUCCGAUCACAAAGCCGCACUUUGUGUGAGCGCCCGGAGCCUGGCUUCCAGCGGCCAACUGAAAGGGCCCCCAGAGUGAAAUGUGGAGCAUAACUCAAGAUGAUUGUUUGUCCCGCAGCCCCGUGGUGGAGUCCCAGGUCAUGUGCCGAGAGUGCGGAGUCGCACGGAGGGAUCCCUUGUCGAUAGCCAGCGUUAGCCGUAGCGCAAGUGUGCUAGGCUUUCCAAAACGAUAUGAAAAAGCGUCAUCGAUGAACAGAUCUGUAAUUCCGAAAGACGACGUGCUGCUGGGAUGUUACACUUUGGGUGGACUAAUACUUGGAUAUUAGACCGAUAUUAGAUUUCCUGUUGUCAGACUGAGGGCAGAAGUCGUGCAGAAACUGCCAAUAAUCUGAGCUGUUAUAUUCAAUAUAGUUUUUCAUGUGAGUGUCUGUGUGUUCCUCCUCCGCAUCUCACAAAGUCUGUUAAUAUUACAUUUCAUGCAUUUUUGUGCAUGUGUGUGUGUGACCCUCUGAAGACCGUAAUUCACACCACCCUUCAUGACAGGAAAAAAAAAAACAAAGCUAAGUCUGCGUGAAGCUUUCGCCGACCUGGCUGCCUGUAAAUCCUUCCCUCCCGAAGCGACAAGUGGAUCCUCCAUCCACAGCUUUAUGUAACCCGUAGCAGACAGGCCGCUCAUUGUGGAACGCUACAGCUGAAUAAUAAACACUGCAAAACACUGUA